AUGACCAUCCAAGUUGCGCUCGUCGGCACAGGCCUCGUAGGCAGCGCCAUCCUCGGCCAGCUCGCCCUCCCCACUUUGGCCAAACACUGUCUCCUCGUCUCUCUCUCCAACAGCAAGCGCACCCUCUUCUCACCAGGCGGCAUCCCCCUCCCCCUCCCAUCCCCAGAUCAUGUCCAAUCCCAAGGGGAAGAACUAUUGCUUUCUCAGGUAGUCGACAAGCUCAAAUCCAUCAAGGACAAAGCAGAGAAGACAGUGCUAAUCGACUCGACCGCCUCGUCCACCGUGGCAGAGUCUUACCCAGACAUCCUCCAAGCAGGCAUAUCCAUCCUCACGCCCAACAAGCUCGCUCUCUCUUCCAGCGCCGCCCUCUUUGCUCGUAUACAGGAGACGCUCGCUGCCGACCCGAGCGUGCGCCUGUUGCACGAAGCGACUGUCGGUGCUGGCCUGCCUAUCAUCUCGACGCUGAACGACCUCGUACGGACGGGGGAUAAGGUCAAGCGCAUAGAGGGCGUCUUCUCCGGCACUCUUUCGUACAUCUUCAACCACUUUUCUCCUCCUUCUGCGCCGUCCCCACCACCAAAGUUCAGCGAUAUCGUCGCCCGUGCUAAAGAACUUGGGUACACUGAGCCCAACCCACACGCCGACUUGAACGGCAGCGACGUCGCUCGGAAACUGACGAUCCUCGCUCGCCUGCUGCCUGAGACGCCUAUCCCUCUCCCAGAGGGGUACCAGAGCGUACCGACGAGUUCUCUCUCUCCUGAGGGACUGGAGGAGGUCGAGGAUGGUGAUGAGUAUGUUAGGAGACUGGCGGAUAGCGAUUAUGAGUUCGAGAGCCUGAGGAGGCAGGCGCAGGAUAUGGGCCAGGUGCUGAGGUACGUCGGUGUAGUAGAUGUCGAGAAGGGCAUCGUCAAGGCAUCGCUUGAGACAUACCCAGCUACACACCCGUUCGCAACCAGCUUGGGCGGCAGCGACAACAUCAUCGCCUUCCACACCGAGCGUUACAAUCGUCCACUCAUCAUCCAAGGCGCAGGAGCAGGAGCAGCAGUGACCGCUAUGGGCGUCAUGUCCGAUUUAUUAAAGCUCGUAUAGAUAUAACAUCUGACAAGUACAAGAAAGGGAGAUACCCAAAGACUCGUAGACUCGUAAAGAAGUAAUACAUCAGGCGAAGAGGACGACGCCCCGUGCCCUGUCUAUCUUUACCAAUCCUCUGCCUACCGCGCCGUAUACACCUCUGAGCGCCUUCUCCCCCGGAUCGGGAAAGGCUCGCUCAGCGGCGAACUUCUUGAGCUGGUCCUUGAGCGAGUUGAGUGGGACCAUGAGCGAGGGUGAGGCCAGGAGCAUGGCUAGAAGUUUGGCGAGCAGGACAGUGUCUGGCGUCGGGUUGCUCGGGUUUGGUGCGAAGGAAGAGACGGAGGAUGGUUGGAGAGGUGACUGGGGCGGCGAAGGCGGGGUAAGGAGUUCAUUCAGUAGAGCCAGCGUGUCCCUUGGUGAGAGGGAAGAGCCCUCCUGGACAGAUGCGUCCAAUACCUGACCAGCAGAAGUAGACCAGAUC